AUGGCAAGGGGAGGUGCGGUUCGACUGGCAUUGCUCUUCAGCCUGGCGUCGGUGGCCUACCACCUCUGCCGGGAAGGCCUGGCCUUCACCCCGGGACGCACCGCAGCUGCCUGGGGUUGGAACGGCCAGGGCCGGGACCCCAACGUCGCACGGAAUGCCGUGGAAGAUGUGGCGACCAUUCAAGAGCUGGAUGACGCGAUCGCACGAACGGCGCAAGGGGAGCCAAACGUUCUGAUCGUUGGCUUCUCUACGACCUGGUGUGGCCCUUGCAAGCUGAUGGAUCCCAAGGUGAAGGAGCUCAGUGAGAUCUUCGAAGCCAAAGCGACCUUCCUCAAGGUCAUGGGAGACAAGGCAGCAGAGGGGAUGCAGAUCAUGAAGCGAGAAGGUGUUCGCACCGUUCCGCUGUACCAAAUUUACAAGGACGGCCAGAAGGUGGGCUCCGUGUCUGGAGCAGAUGCGGAGGCCCUGACCAGCAAAAUCGAACAGCACACUGGUAUGAAGGCGACUGAGCCCAGCAACGGCUGA